AAACAAAGAGAGAGACAGAGAGAAUAGGCCAAGAACGUGAGAAAGCUCUCUCUCUCUCUCAUCUCUGAGGUGACAAUUGUGCAUGUUAGAUUCAUCGAUCAUCUACAAGGUGGCAGAUCGUUGGAAUCUGAGAGUUUAGUAGAUCUUCUCUCAUAAUUCAGAUAGUUUCAAGCUCGAAUUAUAUCCACAUAGUCAUCUUGAAUCUGCAGCUAUAAGUGGCAGAUCUAAAAGAGUAGCUAUUGAAUUUCGACCACCACAUAGUCUAACACUAUAAGUUAAAAAGCUGUGGUUGAUGGAGCUUCCACAUUCUCGUGUCUUUGAAGCACAAGGGAGAAAAAAACCAACGCAAGAUUUUUUAUCAGCCUGCAGUAAUUCAAACGUCCAUCCAGAUCCGAUGCCUUCAUCUCAAGGUGCGUAUCCGAAAAUUCAUGAUUUUCUACAACCAUUAGAACGUGUUGGAACAAGAGCUUGUGCCAAGGACGAAAAUACUAGAGGCAGUGUCCACACUACGGCCGCAACAUUGGAGCAGAAGUCACCGUACGUUCAAAACCAGCACGUGCUUCCCGGUGGCAUAGGGACUUACACGAUCAGUCAUAUGCCUUACAUGUAUUAUAAUCAUCAUCAGAAAGUUCCUAAACCAGAGGCCUCUCCGAUGUUCAAGGUGUCCCAAGCUAGCUGUAACGAGAGACAUGCAGUGGAGGAUACCUCGGUUUCUGCAAAGAAUGGAUUCACUUUGUGGAAUGAAUCGGUAGAUAAGAAAGAGCAUACAAGGAAGAGGCAGAGGCAGAGUUUCAUGGACAUGAUAAAGUCUGCCAAAGGAAGUUCGCAGGAGGAGGAUUUGGAUGAUGAAGAUGAAGAGUUCGUUACAAGUAAAGGGAACAACACAUCCACUAGCCAGUGCCAGAGAGUGGAUUUGAGAGUCAAAGUAGAUAGGAAAGGUCAUGGUAACGAACAAAAGCCGAACACUCCUAGGUCAAAACAUUCUGCAACAGAGCAACGGAGGAGGAGCAAGAUCAAUGAUAGAUUUCAAACGUUGAGACAAUUGAUCCCUAACAGCGACCAAAAGCGGGACAAGGCAUCAUUUUUACUAGAGGUUAUUGAGUACAUUCACAUCUUACAAGAGAAAGUAGACAAACACGAGCCACCUGAAGGAACUGUUCCAGUCCUCGCAGAAGCCCAAGCCGUCACCAUGGAUCAUCAACAGUGUCUGAACAGAACAAUGGAUACAACUUCUUUUCCUGUGUUAGGUCUAAGGAAUAGUUUUUUCUCUCCAGAAUUGUCACAGCUUUGUCCAGUGUCAUCAUCUGAUGCUGCUGCAAUGGAGUGUGAAAAUUUGAGAGAAGAGGAGGUAGAGGAUCUUUCUAUUCAUAAGGGUACAAUCAGUAUAUCAAGUGUUUACUCCCAAGGGCUAUUAAAAACAUUAUCAGAAACACUCCAAGCAUCAGGAGUGGACUUGUCCAGAUCAAGGAUCUCUGUACAAAUCAAACUCUCUAAACAACCUCAAGAGGAUGAAGAAGUUCAUCGAAAGGUUCGACCUCGGUCGCCUAGUGCAGAUGAAAACCACAAUGAUGACGAAAACAGUAACAUCAAGCAGACACGGAAACAUAAGAAACUCAAAAAAGACCCCAGCAUCAGAAACAUAUAAUGGAGAAACAGAGUAACACUAGGACCAAUUCUAUAUUUCUAUUUUAUCCAUUUGUUACAUUGGCUUGGAGAUGGAUCACACAAAAGGGUUAUAUUUGGUUAUCAUAUUAUACAUACUGUAUAUUCUUUUGUACAUUUUUAUAUACUAUCGUCUAUCUUUUUUUUCUUUCUAAAACAUACUUGAUAUAUACAUGAUAAGCG